AUGAGAAGAGAGGAAGAGGCCAUGGAGUUGGAAAACCGUACAACAAGGACAAAGGAAAUAAGAGAGAAGCCGGUGGGGGCUCUAAGCCGAAUUUGGCGGAUGUCAAGUGCUACAAGUGUGGAACUAUGGGCUAUUAUGCCAAUGAUUGUAAGAAGGACAUUAAUUGUCACAAGUGUGGGAAAGCGGGUCACAAAGGCUUUUGAAUGCAAGGGUGUUGCAAAUGAUGUUACUUGCUACAAUUGUGGAGAGAAGGGUCAUAUCAGUACUAAGUGUACCAAGCCGAAGAAGGCGGCGGGAAAAAUGUUUUCUUUGAAUACGGAGGAAGUGGAGCAGCCGGAUUAUCUUAUCCGAGAAAUGUUCCAUGAGAUACCAAUUCUAAGGCAGGAAAGUCUUCGUCUUGAAUUGGAAAUUCAACGUUAUCUUGGAGAUGACAUGAAGGCUUUACGGUUUGAUGACUUGACUAAAAUUGAACAUGAAUUAGAAAUAUCUCUUGCUAAAGUUCGAAAGCGCCAGAAUGAGCUCAUGCAGCAGCAAAUUGAUAAUAUGAUCAGGAAGGAAAGAAUCUUGCAAGAUGAAAAUAUCAAUUUAUCCAGUCAUGCCAAACAUGGGUGUAAUGGAUGA